AUUUAGUGACAUGUGAAUUUUGUUAAACCAGGGAGGUUUACAUUACAAAGUGUUCACUGUGGACAUGGUUUUCCCGGUUAGCCAGGGUUAUCAUUCAGAUAACGCAAAGUGGGUCAGCUCGGGCGACAGUGUAGAUAACCUGCCCGGGCGAGCUGGACAACGAGGUUUUCGUGGGGAGACUACCAGGAAAUAGCAUAAAGCUAUGUCCGCUGAACAGCCUAUCACAGAGCGGGUUAACCCUCUAUCUGUCAACAUUGAUGUCGCAUCACCACAAGAUAUGAUUUCAAUCCUGCAAAGAUGUGAUGAGGAAAUCUUUUCUGGGUGGCAGAAUUAUCCAGGGAUGUUUGAUGCCAGAAUCCUGGAGACACUGACGGCCAUAGCAACCCUGGCUGCUGAAAUCAUGAAGCUCGGAAGCAGAGGCGCCAUUGUUUUCAGUGGGUGUGGGACAUCUGGCAGACUGGGUUUCAUAACAGCACGGACGUUCAACAUGAAGCUGGAGAGUGCUGGCCGGGAGCCAUGUUGUCACUACAUCAUGGCAGGGGGAGACAGGGCCCUGUUCACGUCCCAGGAGGCAGUGGAGGAUGACCCACCCUGUGGUAUGGACCUCCUACACAACCUAUGCAAAGAUAAGACAAGGGUAUUAUUCCUAGGAAUAACAUGUGGCUUGUCUGCUCCAUUUGUGGCCGGACAGCUUCAUCUGUGUAUGGAACAGCCUGAUAAAUACACACCUGUACUGCUGGGAUUUAACCCCACCUGUCUAGCCAGAGAUCUCCCUAUUGAAAAGUGGGACAAAACCUUCCGGCAAGUUGUCCAGAGGCUGGAGAAACAUCCAACUGGCUACAUCCUGAACCCAGUUGUUGGGCCAGAGCAAAUCACCGGCUCCAGUCGUAUGAAGUCUGGCAGUGCCACAAAGAUCCUGCUGGAGGCAGUUUUAGUUGCCGCAUACCUCAAGACAUGUAAAGACAUGGAUGUCAGAGUACAAGACCUGCUGCAGAGUUAUCACACAGUGUGUGACUCGGUCUAUUCCAGACAGGCUGAUAUUGGUGACAUUGUGGAACUUGCAGGAAAAAGUCUGAAUGCAGGGGGCCACAUCUACUACCUCUCCCAGGACAGUCUCGGCAUCAUGGGAAUGAUCGACGCCUCGGAAUGUCCGCCUACGUAUGGAGCAACAUUGGAUGAUGUGCGAGGUUUUGUUGCAACGGGAUUUGAUUUUCUCAAGAACAAUGAUGGAGAUAUUUCAGACCAGGGCAAACAUUUUCGAAUAUCACUGGCCAACUUCCAACAAGAGGUGGCCCCCACAGUGACCAGUGAUGACCUUGUGGUUGUGCUUACUCAAGACACAUCCAGUUUUCCAUGUGUGGAAGGUCUUCCAUGUAGAACAGCAUGUGUGAUCGUAGGCCGUGAGCAGGCCCAGGUCAAUCCGGUGCAACUUGAACAGUUUGCUGCAGUAGUACAAGUGUCCCUGCCCAGCAUGUCCCUGGUCGGGGUAGUGGGGGAGACUGUAGUGGCAGAGUUUUGGCAGCUGUACCGGGAGAUUGCCACCAAGUGGGUGCUGAACGCCGUUACUACCGGAGCACACAUCCUCAAGGGCAAGGUGUUCCAGAACAUCAUGGUGGACCUGAAAGUCAGUAACAACAAGCUGUUCUACCGAGCUGUCAGCAUUAUUCAGCGGUACUCCAAGUUAAGCCAGAGUGAUGCCCAGGACUACUUGCUGCGUUCCAUCUACAACACAGACAGUGUGGCAGCAGAGACACGGACAGCCCCCGUAGCAGAACACAUCCGGACAGCCACACCCCAACACAGGGUCGUCCCUACGGCCCUGAUGGCUACCCUGUUCCAGUGCUCGGUUACACAAGCCAGGGAGAAGCUGGAUGCACAGCCCGUCAUCCGCACCAUCAUCAUGUCCUCGCUGGAGAAGACUCGGGUCUUGUAACCAUGGAAAUCAGUAAAACAGUUCUCUCAAGCUGUGUCCAGAACCUCCUAGAACUCAUUUAAGUGGGUUGUGGGACAUUCAGGGAAUAACGUUUCAUUCAAGGGUCAGUUUAUCACUGGUGAAAAUAAGCCUGCAAAUUAGAAACCAUUCUAUCUCAGGUCAAGACUUUUGUAAUAUUGGUGCUAGUCAAGGUGCAUAUUUAUAGUCGAAAAUCCUACAUGGGUUUGUAUACACUGAGUUCCUCCAUCAACGGUGAAUAUAUUCAGCAGCUUUGCAUUUUUAUAGUGUCACAUGCCCAUUUUUAACUCCGGUAAUGAAAUCCAUGCUUGAUCCGUAGGUUGGUGUUUUUCUGGGGGCCUUGUGUAACUCAUGGAGGUCAAAUGAUCCCUUGUCCAUCCAUAUAGUUUGUACGAACCCUACAGUGCAAAUGUGUAGAGACAGCAAGGCCAUGUCACAUGUCACACAAGGAAUAUUGCUGAUAUAAUCUGCGCUCUGAUUGGUCUGACACCUCACUGCUGUCCCUCUUGUUGGAAGUGGGUCAUGGCUUGACUUGGUUAAAAUAGGGACCUCAAAGUGUCCAUAUGCAUUCAUGGGUGGAGGAACACAGAGUGUAUACAAACCUGGGAAGUAUUGACAAUGAUUCAUAUGGAGCAAUAUGUGAAAAGGUCAAGGUCACUGGUCAAUAUUAAAGGUCAAGGUCACUGGUGUUUUUGAAAGCAAUCUUUUGCUGCAAUCAGACCAAAGAUGCUAAAUAGGGCUAUACUUUUUGCUCUUUAAAGUGUUGGCCUUUGUUAACAAGACAUUUUCUUGAUUUGUCCAAUGACCAUACAUAUAUUUGGUGGUGGAAAUUACAUACAUUGUACUUGGUAGUGCUGGCCAUCUUGACGUGAUUUAGCCAUGGAUAUCAGUGGCUGCUGGUUAAUUUGUUAAACUGCAAAUGUUAUCUUUUAUAUUCAAGUAUUGCCCAUUGCAUGAUAACUAUAAAUGCACUUGUUACGUUGCAAUAUUGUCGUAUGCAUUAAGUAACAUAUGCAUAUGUUAUCAAUUACUGUUUAUUGCACUGUGACCAUAUGUUAAUUCGGUUAAUACCCAAGGAUCUGUGAUUAUCUGCUUUGUUCGUAGUUACACUGUUUAAGUGUUCAGUCUGGCUAUAGCAGAAGCGACAUUUAUACACCAGAAUCACCAGGCAGAGAUAUCUAUAGACACUUACGUUAUGUUUGUUAACAGAUAUGUUCUAUAUAUGUUAAAGAUGCAAGAUCAGAGAUGGAAUUUUGCACUGUGUCAUGACCGGUAUUAUAGGGUCCACCUCAGUUCCUUCUCAGGGAAGGUUUGGACUAGCCCAGUUCUCCCCCAGGACAAAAUAGCCUAGGCUAUACCUUCAGCCUAGGCCAGAUCCUGCCCCCUCGAUUUCAGAUAUGCCGAACAUAUAGAUAAGAGGUGAAUGGUUCAGCCUAGGCCAGAUCCUGCCCCCUCGAUUUCAGAUAUGCUUAACAUAUCGAUAAGAGGUGAAUGGUUCGAUCAGCAUAGGCCAGAUCCUGCCCCCUCGAUUUCAGAUAUGCUGAACAUACCGAUAAGAGGUGAAUGGUUCAGCAUAGGCCAGAUCCUGCCCCCUCGAUUUUAAAUAUGCUGAACAUACCGAUAAGAGGUGAAUGGUUCAGCAUAGGCCAGAUCCUGCCCCCCUCGAUUUUAAAUAUGCUGAACAUACCGAUAAGAGGUGAAUGGUUCAGCAUAGGCCAGAUCCUGCCCCCUCGAUUUUAAAUAUGCUGACCAUAAGAGGGGGAUGGAUCUUCCCAUUAAAAAUCUUAUGAAUACCUUGGAACCCUAUGCAGAACCUGAACGUAGAGAUUUUCAUAUCAAGAUUCCAGAUAUAUUUGACAAAAAAUGUAGUUUGAUAUAACAUACAUUGUAAUAUAACAAAAGCCUGAGCUUUUAGUCAAUGAAAACAGUAUUUCUCAGUAUAACCACCACAUUUAACACUUCAAAGAGAGGGGAAGAACUGGCCUAGGGGGAAACAUUGAGAGGGGAAGAACUGGCCAAUAGGGAAACAUUGAGAGGGGAAGAACUGGCCUAGGGGGAAACAUUGAGAGGGGAAGAACUGGCCUAGGGGGAAACAUUGAGAGGGGAAGAACUGGCCUAUGGGGAAACAUUGAGAGGGGAAGAACUGGCCAAUAGCAGGGAUGUGAAAUCUCCGCGGAAACGCGGAAAGUCGCGUUUUUUAAAACAGUAGUCCUCGGAAAAAAUCAUCUUCCGCGGAAUUUUUUUUAAAAAUUUAAAAAAAAACACUCCGAAAAAU